AAAACAACCGAGUGUCUUUCUCCCGGUCUCAGCACUUCUCAUUUCUUAUUUCUUAUUGAAUGCAAAGAGGGAAGCAUUUGUUCAAAACCUUCCGGCAAACCUAUCGGCCUCUCUCCACGGCACAUCAGGUUCUCUCUCUUCCCCUCUGUACAAUUUCGACGAUCAAUGUUCCUAUAUACACUUCUUUUUAUGUGUACAGAUGGGCGAGCGUUACAGCUUCAAUCCGAGCUUACAUUGGAACCCCGAGGUGGAGGACUACUUCACCAAAGCUUAUGGAGCUCAACACUUUGCUCGCAUCUCCACUUCCCUCGCGCGGCCUUCAUCUUACUCAUGUAUUCGUGUUAAUACGCUUAAGUCCACAAGUGAUAAUGUUAUUGAGAAACUUCUGAAAAUUUUAAGGGAAAGAGGGCAAGAAGGUGAUACUAUUAAUACAAGUAGUACAGAUUCAGAAAAUUUCUCUGAGGCAAUAGUGGAAUCCAACGGAAGUAGUAAAAGGACGAAUUUUGAUGCAAAAAGCAUCUCAAAAUGUCCAUUUCCUGGACUAGAUUAUGUGAUUUUCAUUAAAGGCUCAGGGCCACAUGCUAUUGAAUAUGAACAAGAAGAGGGUAAACCGUUGAAAGAGGUGAUAGUGAGCCGAAAAUGUGCAGAGGCUGUUCUUCGUGGUGCCCAAGUAUUUGUGCCUGGUGUUUUGGCCUGCAGUGCUCAUGUUGAGAAAGGUGAUUUUGUUUCAGUUUCAGUUGCCGUGGAACAGCCUGAUUCUGAAGGCGGAUGGGGUAUCGGUAUGACACGUGGGACUGUCCUCCUAGGAUCCCAAACUGAUCCUCUUUAUUGUGAAAGAAGUGGUCUAUAUAUUGGUCAAGGAACCACAAUGUUGUCACGAGCCGGGAUCUUUCGUGUAUCAAGAGGAGUUGCAGUUCAUAUGCGUAAUAGGGUGUAUGAACUAUCAUCCUUUAAUGAUUUGCUUGAGGGUGAAAUCUUUCUUCAAAAUUUGCCAAGCAUUGUAGCUGCACAUGCCUUGGAUCCUCAACCAGGAGAGAGGAUAUUGGACAUGUGUGCUGCUCCUGGUGGAAAAACCACUGCAAUUGCAAUUCUUAUGAAGGACCAAGGGGAGAUAAUUGCUGCUGAUAGAUCUCACAACAAGGUGCUUGAUAUUAAAAAAUUGGUUGCUGAGAUGGGUUUGAAUUGUAUAACUACAUGUAAACUUGAUGCACUGAAAGCUUGUCGUCGAACACGUGAAGAUGAAAGUUUGCGUAUUCUCAAUGUCAGUGAUGAAGUUCAGAGUACUCCAUCAGAUACAUUACUGUCAAGGAUGUGCGAAAUCCAACCCAUUGAGACGGAUGGUUUGGAUGCUGCAGUACCAUCUCAGAUCAAAUCUGAACCCAUGCAUCAGGGAAGCAAUGAUUACACAAGCAAAGCCGAAUUACGGAAGAGUAUUAGGAAAAUGAGAAAUGGGCCUGGAAGGAAUAACUGUGCUGGUGGUAGAGCUGAAAAGUCCAAAGGAUUUGCUCCAAAUAGCUUUGACCGUGUUCUCCUUGAUGCUCCUUGUUCUGCUCUAGGUUUGAGGCCUCGACUCUUUACUGGGGAGGAGACCAUUGAAUCAUUAAGGAAGCAUGCCAAGUAUCAGAAAAGAAUGUUUGAUCAGGCUGUUCAGCUUGUUCGGCCUGGUGGAGUUCUGGUGUAUUCCACAUGUACCAUAAACCCUGGGGAGAAUGAAGCAGUGGUUCGAUAUGCAUUGGAUACAUAUAAGUUUCUCUCACUGGCAGAGCAGAAUCCAAGAGUUGGAGGACCUGGUCUUACUGGCUGUUGCCAGUUCUCUGAUGGAUUUAUCGAGGAGUGGUUGAAGCCUGGUGAGGAUGAUUUUGUUCAGAGAUUCGAUCCAUCGUCACAUCUUGACACGAUAGGGUUUUUCAUAGCCAAGUUCAAUGUCGGGCCAAAAGUUGCCUGAUUUGGAAAUGCAGACUCAGCUCUUGCUUCACAUUAUGCCUAUGCAAUCCCAGCAAAAUGAGCUAAUGCAUCCUGUGAAGAGCAGUAUUGCUCUUUAGCCAUGAAUAUACUUCAAUUUAUCACACCAUAGCCUUGAAGACUAAGUUUAUUCCAUCUGGUAACUUGCUAUGAAUUUUGAACCAUUGAAGUACAAGGAAGAUUUUUAAGUGAGGCAGCACUGCAGCCAUUCAUUUAGUUGUAAAACAGAGUAGAUUUCACUUCUGAACCUAAUCUAAACGCAACACUUAAUACAUACAAAACUUCCCUUUUGUUUGUAUUUAUGGGUACAUUGUUUAGCUUUAUGCUUGCAGUUUAUAUCUAUUGUUAGUUUGAUGGAGCAGCUAUUUUGUUUUAUGUUUUGUUAAUCUAG